UUCCGUCAUUUGUAUUUGGAACGCCGUAGCAGAAAGAAGGACACGAGCGAAUAAGCGACGAAGCGUGCGAACGGAGUGGAGCGGCUAUUUUAGCUUUUAGCGCCCUUUUUUGUUUCAUUUUCUUUGUACAUGUAAAAUAUAAAAAAAAUACAACAUACGGCAAAAAUCAACAACAUUUUUGGCAACAUUUUCGGCAAAAUACCCAAAAACUAUUUCGGACUUAAACACAAAAAAACGAAAAACUAAAAACUAAAAAACGAGAAAAUUCUAAAAGAAAAACACUAAAAAGUUUUAACAAUUAAUAACCGCGUUUUGUAUUGUUUUCCAUUGUGUUCGUAAACAUUUUUUUCUGUUGUCACAAAACCGACUACAACAAAAAAAAAAACAAAAAACAAAUCUAACAUAAAAGUGAUCUUGGUGUGAACAUAAUGUAAUGUAACCGAAAAGUAUGAAUAUCCACAAGCUAAAAGAAAACGGUCGAAAAAACUAACCGGCGAACAGCAGGCGAAAGCGAAACGAAAUUGUUUUCGCGCUCGCAAAAUCAAAAUUCUAAAUUCGAACACACGCAAAAAAAAAAAAACACUUAUCCCAACAGUUCUUCGUUUCGGUUAUUUUUUUAUGUUAUUAUUCUUCAGUUGUUUUGUGUUUCGGUGAAGUAGAAGAAGAAGAAGCAGCCGAGAGAGCAGCAAGCCGCUAAACACAAUAACUGCACAAAGCAAAGGCGCAGAUAAUACAAAUACCAAAUACAUAAAAACAAAAGCUAAAUCAAAACUAAACCAAACGAACGGCAAAGCAGCCAACGAAAAAAAAAACAACAACAAAACAACUAGAACAACAGCAACAAAUAAAACAAGAGCAGCUGCAGCAGCAGCAACAGCAACAAGAACAACAACAGCUAGCAACAAUUAACAAGCGAGCCACAUGAGCAGCAGCGCGACGCCAACGCCGACGCAGACGCCAACGCCGACGACUUAUGUAGCGUUACAUGGCGAGCAUAAAAAGUGAAAUGCCGCCACUGCACGCGGCAGAGGCGCUAGCCGCCAGCAGCAGCAGCAGCGCAACGGAUAGCGGCGGCGGCGGCAGCACAGCAGCAACAGCAGCAGCAGCAACAACAGCAGCAGCAACAACAGCAGCAACAGUUGCUGCUGCUUCUGCUGCCGCUGCUGGCUCUGGCGGCAGCGCGCCCGCAACGCCGAAUGCCAAUGCAACAAUCAGCGCCGCUGCCGACUCCAGUGAUAAUCAGCCGGGCACGCCGCAGCCAGCAACACAACAGCAGCAGCAGCAACAACAACAGUCGCUAAUGGCUGCCGAGGCACAGCAGCAACAACAGCAACAACAACAGCAGCAGCAGCAGCAGGCGUCGGGCAUAACGCAUCAGCCCUAUGCGACCCAUCACAUGUACCCAGCGCAGCAGCAGCAGCAGGUCUAUGGCAGCAUCUAUGCCAGCGACAUGCAGCAGCAACAGCAGCAGCAGAGCUAUGCCGCCAGCAGCUACAUCAACAGCUACGAGCAAUUCUAUCAGCAGCAGCAGCAGCAGCAGAGCGCCGUCGACUAUGGCAGCGCGUACAUUGACUACACGAAAGCCGUGCGCUAUCAUCCGUAUUUGCAGCAGCCCACCUCUGUGCUGCCAACAGCAGCUGUUGCCACAGGAGCAACAGUUGCUGCCGUUGAGGACGCCGCCGCAGUGGCGGCGGCAGCAGCAGCAGUGACAACAACUGCGGCAGCAGCUGGCGCUGCGAUGAGUCCGCGCGUGGUCAGCAGCAGCAGCCCCACCUCCACCUCGUCGCAUCUGCAGCUGAGCAGCGCCACGCCCAGUUCGCCGGGAGGCGGCUGCAAGCUGCAGUGCAAGAAAUGCGGCAUACUCAACACCAACGAAUCCGAGCUGCAGGAGCACAUUGCCAAUGUGCACGGCGAGUCGCCGUACGGCAGCAGCGGCUACGCCAGUUCGCCGUACAUCAAGGAGGAGAUGCCGAUGCCGACGCCGACAGCGGUGGCAGCAGCAGCAGCUGCGGCGGCGGCAGCCAGCGGCGAGCUGCUCGACUUGGACUCCCAGAAGAUGGUCUAUCAUCAGCAACUGUUGCAGCAGCAACAACAACAACAACAACAACAACAGCAGCAGCAGCAACAACAACAGCUGCAGCAGCAGCAACAACAACACGAUGCAGUUGUCUCCGGGCUGCCGUUGGCGUUGCCAGAUCCGCUGCACUCGAUGCAGUCGAUGCAGCAGCGCGCACUGCACAGCUGGGAGCAACAGGCGCCGCCAGCGGAGGCGGGCCUGCCUGCGUACAUGCAGCCGCUGCUAGACAAGUCGCCGCAUUAUUACGGCUCGCCAAAGCAAUCGCCGUAUCCGGCGACGGGCGGCAUUAAACAGGAAUAUGCGCUGAUCAAAUCCGAAUAUGCCGACUCGCAGCACUAUGUGGAUAAAUCGUUUGAUCCGACCUCCGCGGAGGUGACCACCAGUCCCGCCGAGUUUCCCAGCACGACAACGGGCGGGGCACAG